GUGAAACCAGCUUCAGGUUGUUAUUAUUUUCAAUUUGAUCGCAGCGCGCAUUGAUUUUAAAAUGUUACAUUUUGGUUGAACUGACAUAAAUAAAAUGUGGAAAUUGAAGCAUACAAAGAAAGAACAUUUGGAGAAUUAUGUAUUUGUUGCUGAAGAAUUUGUUGUUGGCCGUAAAGAUGCAACAUUGUUAAUUGCCAAUGAUCCAUCUGUAAGCAGACGUCACGCUGUUCUUUUUAUUAAGCAUCCAGAAGGAAAUUUGAGCGAUCCAUCUAAGAAAUCUUCCUUAUUUUUGAGAGAUGAAGGAUCGAAAUAUGGGACAUUUAAAAAUGGUAUACGAAUAACUUCAGAAAUGGAACUCCAAAAUAAGGAUGUUGUUAAGUUUGGCCAAUUUGAAAGUGAAUUUAGAAUUUAUAAUCUUCCUUUGGUAGUUACAACGUCUUGCUUGGAAAUUUCUGCCAAGAAAGAUCUUCGAAAAACUGUUCAUUUUCUUGGUGGUAACCUCAUUUCAGAAUGGCAGCCUUCCUGUACGCAUCUUGUAAUGACUGAAGUCAAAGUAACUGUGAAAGCUCUAUGUUGCUUAGUUUCUGCUAAACCAAUUGUGAAACCUGAAUAUUUUCAAGAGCUGCAUCAAAGCUUGAAAAAUUCUGCAGCAUUUUUGUCCCCAAAACAAUUUGUACCACCUAUUGGAGAAGCUCUCAUAGAUAAGGAUGUGGUUUCAUUUAAUGUAAAUCUUCAGAGGAAAACUAUCUUCAAAGAUAAAACAUUUUUCUUUCUAGAUGAAAAGCAGUUUAAGAAAUUGCACUUAGGUAUCAUACUUGGAGGUGGAAAUGCUUCCAUAUUAAGUACAGAUAAAAUAACUCCUGAAAUACUCUUAAGAAAUGGAUGUUGUAUUAUUGAGCCAACACAGCAAAACCAAGAAUUCGGCAGUAUGUUAUCAUCAGUGAAAGCUAUUUUACAGAAAAAAGAAUAUAGAUUGAUUCCUGAAUCAGAUAUUGGUUUAUCUGUUGCAUAUUGUUCUACAGAUAAGUUCUGUAAUCCACAAUUCAAUAUGGUUGAAACUCUUUUAAGUCAAAAAAUGCAGUCUCAGACUUUGACACAAAGAGAAGUAUAUGUUCCUGACACUCAAGAAAGAACUACUAGGAUUGAAAACAAAUCAAGAAAUCCAGUGUCGGAUGCCCUCAGUAGUCUACAUCUUUCAUCAUUCCAAAAUGAUCCUGUUGAAAAUAUGGAAAUUUCUGAAAUACCUUUAUCUGCAGAAAUAAAACAAGAAUUAGAUGAUAUUUUUGAAGAGCCAUUAGAGAGUAAAAAUGAGGCGCCAUCAAAAAUGGAUAGCUUAGCUAGUACAUUGCCUCUUCCAACACCUGACAGACUUUCUAAACAAGAGAAAAAGAAUACUGAAAAUUAUAAUUCUUUGUCUAAAACAAGACCUUUAAGAGGAAGACGUACUACAUCUCAUGAAAAUGAAAAUCUGGUACCAAAUAAAAUACUUAAACAAGAAAAUGAAAUGAUGCCAGAACAUGAGAUUGAUUCUCCCUUAAAACGAAAUGGAAUUGCUUCUUCAAAUGAAAUCAAACACAGCACAAAUUUCAAUUCAUCUCCUGAAAUGAAACAAGAAAUUCCUCUUACAUCGAUCCAAACUAAUGGAUUCCAUAUGGAUGAAGUCAAUUUACCACGGAAUCUUGCUAAGGUUCAGUUUGCUUCAUUGAUUCGCAGAAAACCUACACCUGUUAUUGAAUGCAGCAGAAAUUCAACAGUAAAAAAUUUCAAGAAAUUUAAAAAAGUACAACCCAAGAAGAGCCAAACUUUGCCACGCAUUAUUGGUUCUCAUGAGCUUGUUGCCUAUGACAAAGUUGCUGCUGAAAUAUCUGCUGCAAACUGGGAUGAACCUGAUGAACCCUUAGAACAAGAAGAAGAGUCACAACCAGUUAAAGGAGAAUUUGAUUGGUAGCUUCCUUUUUGGAGAAUUAUUCCUUCCAUAUGCUUCAAUAAUGAAAUGCCUCUGUGAACCACAAAUUUUUCUUUCUCUCUUCAAGACAUGGUUGUAACAUGCAAGACCUCUGAUAGAUUAUAUAAUAAUAUGAAAAUUAGUUUGUGAAUUUUUAUUAUUUAUUCAUUAAAAAUAUAAUAAUUAUGCAGAAAAUUUUCAAUUCCAAAAUGUAUAGCUUAUUUUGUACAAAUGA